CGGGCACUCCCGGACUGGGCUCUUGGGGCGGGCCUCCUUCAAGGCCCGCAGCAGCGGGUUACGGCUGUCCGCUCUGCCACGCAGCCGCAGAGGCUUGGUCCAGGCAGUACACCGCAGGAAGAGAGGCGACGCCCCCUGGAUCUCCGCAGGAACCCGGCCCGCCUCCCAGCCCGCCGGGCCCCAGAAGUGAUGAAAGCUGCGGCUGAGUCCUAGCCGCGCCGAAGCCGUUGCCCUUUUAAGGGGAAGCCUUGAAACGGAGCCCGGGUUCCAUGUUUGCAUCCGCCUCGCGGGGAGGAAACUCCAUGUUGUAACAAAGUUUCCUCCGCGCCCCCUCCCUCCCCCUCCCCCCGAGAACCUGGCUCCCCUCCCCUCCGAAGCUCGCGGGGAUCCCUCCCUCCCACCCUCCCCUCCCCCCCGCGCCCCGAUUCCGGCCCGAGCCGGGGGGGAGGCCGGGCGCCGGGGCCAGAGUCCGGCCGGAGCGGAGCGCGCCGGGCCCCAUGGACAGCUCGGCCGUCAUUACUCAGAUCAGCAAGGAGGAGGCGCGGGGCCCGCUGCGGGGCAAAGGUGACCAGAAGUCAGCAGUUUCCCAGAAGCCCCGGAGUCGGGGCAUCCUCCACUCUCUCUUCUGCUGUGUCUGCCGAGAUGAUGGGGAGCCCCUGCCUGCCCACAGUGGGGCUCCCCUGCUGGUGGAGGAAAAUGGCGCCAUCCCUAAGCAUACCCCAGUCCAGUACCUGCUUCCCGAGGUCAAGGCCCAGGACUCAGACAAGAUCUGCGUUGUCAUCGACCUGGACGAGACCCUGGUGCACAGCUCCUUCAAGCCAGUGAACAACGCUGACUUCAUCAUCCCGGUGGAGAUUGAUGGAGUGGUUCACCAGGUCUAUGUACUGAAACGGCCCCACGUAGAUGAGUUCCUACAGCGAAUGGGCGAGCUCUUUGAGUGUGUGUUGUUCACUGCCAGUCUUGCCAAGUACGCAGACCCUGUAGCUGAUCUGCUGGACAAGUGGGGAGCCUUCCGUGCCAGGCUGUUUCGAGAGUCCUGUGUCUUCCAUCGGGGAAACUACGUAAAGGACCUGAGCAGGCUGGGCCGAGACCUGCGGCGGGUGCUAAUCUUAGACAACUCACCCGCCUCAUACGUCUUCCAUCCAGACAAUGCCGUGAGUACACAAGAGACCCAGCGGCUGAGACACGACCAGAGCACAUGUGGUGGCCUCCCCCGCCCUACGUGGGGUGAUAGCAGGUGCUGGAAUGUCCUAUUACCUGUGUCUGCUCAUAUAUUCCACUCUACUUAUGUAUGAAGGGUCCUCAACUCUGGCUGGAGUCCCCAUCUGACAGUCUUCAAAGCUGUCCUAUUAAUGGGACAGAAUGAAUGUAGUAAGUCCCAGUUAGGGUCCCACUGAAAGGAGCACAGAAAGCUUAAGUGUUCUGUGAACUGUUUGCUUGCUGGCAUCUACAAAUGAAUUUCACCAUAAGCUGUCCCCAAAAAAAAAAAAAAACAAACCACAAACCAAAAAGUGUACGGGCCAUGUGGGCAGGGAUUGGGCUGGACAGGGGGUGCCCUGGGACACCCACCCUCCUCACUUUCUUGUCUUCUCCUCAGGUUCCAGUGGCCUCGUGGUUUGACAACAUGAGUGACACUGAGUUACACGAUCUCUUACCCUUCUUUGAGCAACUCAGCCGCGUCGACGACGUAUACUCAGUGCUCAGACAGCCUAGGCCCGGGAGCUAGUGAGGUGUCUUGGGGCCAGGACCUGCCCCUCGGCAAGGCCCACCACACCUCUUGCCAGCAGACUGUGCUGUUAACAAAACCCGAGGGCUAUGUCAUGUUCAUGGCCCUGGGGAAGAGGUGUCUCCCCUGUCAUGUUGCAUGGAGGACAGUGAGCCCUUGGGUCCCUAUGUCAGUGCCUUCAAAUUUCUUCCCCUCUUCUCAGGGGACCUGGGGGGCCUGGCCUGCUGCUCCCCACUUCUGUCUUCUCUUCUCCACACCGCCAGGUUUCUCUGCUGCCAAAUUGGGCCUCUUAGCCCCAGUUCUGCUUUGGGGGGGGGAGGGAUAGGGUUUUUGCUGCCCCUUCCCUGUCUGGGAACAGUGGACACCCAAGUGCCUUGUAUAGAACCCUCUUUACUGGUCAGCUUUUCCCAGAUCUAGGCUGACCUGAGAGGAACCAAUUCCUCCCCUUCCUCUCCUCCCUCUUGGGUUGAUGGUGCCCCGCCAGUGUCUACAUGGGAGGGAGAAGAAGAAAGUCUAUUACAGUACACUUGUACAAGAGCUGGGGACCUUCAUCAGGGAGGAAUGCUCCCGGUCCAGCUUCUCCAAGGCUGCUCCAUAUAUCCCUUAAGCCCCGUCUCCCCAAAGCCCUGGGGCUUGGCAGGACGCCCCCACGGUGCCAUAUAAAUAUGUAUAUGUGUAUAUAGAUUUUUAAGGGAAGGAGAGAGGAAAGGGUGGGAACAUUCUUCCCUUGACCCUUCCCUGGGCCCAGAAAUUGGGGGAGGGAGGGAAAGGAUUUUUACAUUUUUAAAAUGACUAUUUUCUGAAUGGAACAAGCUGGGCUAAGGGGUCAGGCCCGGUCUUCUGUCUGCUCCCAACCCUUUUACUUUAUUCAUUCAAAAAACAUUUAUUGAGUACCUUCGGUGCCCAGCAGUGAGCUAGUCCCACCGGCUUAGUGGGAGGAGGGUCUCUGCUUCAUCAUUGGUGCCUCAUCCCUAAACCCCACACUUCACGUGCCUUUAGAGGAUCGACAGGAGGUGGAACCUUUUUGUGGGCCUCAGGAGGUCUCCAAACUUUACCAAGCUGGCUCCUCCUGUCCCAACUCAUCCUCCUUCCCUGUACUCCGUGCAGCCUCCUCCAUGGCCCCCUGCUGGCUGGGGGCAGCUCCCAGGUCUCUGCCAACUCUGACUUCUCUGUUUUUAAAGCCCCUCCCCAUACCUGCUGAGUCUGGAGUUCAAGCCCUUAGGCUCUCUCCCCAGAUUAUGAGGGUUAAGUGGACCCACAAACAAGUGCCAAGGGAGUUGGUGAAGGGAGAGGAUAUGGUUGGCCGGGAUUAGAUGACCUUCCUAAUUAAGUGCCUUCUCUGUGACCGAGCACCUCCGUGUGAUAAGAACUAAAGAGAAAGCUAGACCCCCUA